GUCAGUGUGUGACAGUAGCUGUGAAGGCAGGAUCAGAGCACAGCCUACUACAGCAGUGUGUGAUGUGGAAUAACUGUACAGGCUCCUGCUGCAGUCCCCGGGGAAUAAAAGCAGCGUGGUGAAUAUUUAGUGACGACUUCUCCUGCUUCAUAUACCAAGAUGGGGAAUGGAUUAUCAGACCACGCUCUCUUCCCUUGCCUUCCAUCUUUCCAGGCUCUCCACAUUGUCAUUCUAGGACUGGACUGUGCAGGAAAGACCACUGUACUGUACCGGCUGCGUUUCAAUGAGUUUGUGAACACUGUCCCGACAAAGGGUUUCAACACAGAGAAGAUCAAAGUGUCGCUCGGAGGCAACCGGAGAACUGCGUCCUUCCACUUCUGGGAUGUAGGUGGUCAGGAGAAGCUGCGGCCUCUGUGGCGCUCUUACACCCGAUGCGCAGAUGGCAUUGUCUUUGUGGUCGACUCGGUGGACGCCGAGCGCAUCGAGGAGGCCAAGACGGAGCUGCACAAGAUCACACGACUGGCAGAGAACCAGGGUGUGCCGGUGCUGGUGGUGGCCAAUAAACAGGACCUAAGAAACUCACUUAGCUUGGCUGAGAUGGAAAACAUGCUGGCUCUGGGUGAGCUCAGCGCCGCCACCCCCUGGCACCUCCAGCCGGCAUGCGCUAUCAUCGGUGAGGGCCUGCAGGAGGGUCUGGAGAAGCUUCACGCCAUGAUCCUUAAGAGGAGGAAGGUGCUCCGACAGCAGAAGAGGAAGAGAUGAUGUGGAAACUAUACAAUGUGAGGUGGAUCUAAAGCUACACAAGAACUCAUGUGAGCUGCUACAAUCUGCUGCUCCAUUGUGUUGCUAUGAAAGAGACACAGCGAUCCCUAUCCAGUCAUUGGGCGUCCCCUUUGAAGUCUGACUGGCUAAGUUUGAUCCUACCAGUGGGAACUGUUUGUUCAGGUCAGACAAGUGUUCAGCUCCUGCAGAGGAUGGUGGGAUUGACUUUUACCCCUGUGGAUUUUUGGAUGCUAACAAUCCUGUAUCCUGUCAACAACAAGGGACGCUAAAGUUCUCCCAAAGGAAGUACAGUAUUAUGCUACACAGCAGCAAGCUAUGAAGUUUACACUGAACUCUAAAUGUAAAAGACGGACAGUGUCUCUUUUAUGUGAUUUGUUCAAAAUAUGUGCUGCCAGUCUGUUCAUAAACAAUCAGUCUUUAUAUUUUUAUUCUACCAAAGCUUGUGUUGAGAUGAAACACAGGGCCACACAUAUUAGAGCCAACCAAUCAAAGUUGUAAAUGUCAGUACAAUGACAGAUAGUGUUUUUUUUACCAUGUUGCACAAAAGGUGGGUUUGGCCCAGAAGUUUACAUGAGGAUAAUAAUUGACUAAGUACAGGAUGCACAAUGACCCGAAAACACUAUUCAGAAUGGCCACAGUGUUGGUGAUAGAAAGGAACUGCCAAAUGAAGAGGAUGUUAAGAGCCAAAAACGUUCAGAGCAGUCACACUGAUAGCACAAAAUGUUAAUUUAUCUGGAACAUAAGUGCUGAAUAUCAGGUUUUGGUGUGAGCUGGUGGUGGCUGAUAGUCCCUCUGUACUGAGGACUACUGGGACCUUCAUCAAAGUUACUAAUGGAUUACCUCCACUACACCAUAACUUCUAUAUAGAGAUGAUACAACAAUUAAUCAUUCAGUAACAACUUCAUUUUAAAGUUUUGUCUUGUAGAAGUAGUCUAAAAAGUAGUCUAAAAGUCUGAUUGUUACCUAGCAAGCUAACUAGCAAGCUAAAAUUUGUCAAGGAACAUUAUCUUGCUAGCAGGGCAAAGGUUUGUUAUAAAAUAUCUUAAUUUUAGCACAGAUACCAAAAAGAUACUUUUAAAAUGUUUUUAGAAAUCUAAACUUUCUAAAAAAGCUUUUUUAAUGUACCAAAAGAAGUUUAUAGAAUAUGCUAACAUGCUAAAAAAUGUGAUAUUCAAUACUUGACAGUUACAGACAUGUUUGUCAAUACCCAAAAAUGAUUGUCAUAUAUUUAUCCUUCUUUCUAAUCAACAAAUGUAGCAUUGGACUGAAUUUUUUUUUCCAUGUUACACUUAGUAGUUGUAAAGUUAGCUAAGUGAGUUAGCCUUAGUUUGCUAGCCCUGUGAGCAAGCUAACAUUCCUCAGCAUUACCAAUAUUCCUACACUGUUCCUGACAUUUGUUACCUUACUAGAUUAGUUACUAUUGUCAGCUUAUGGCCUCGCUAAUUUGUGCAGUAAUUAAAUAGUUAAAACUGCGGCAGCCCUAGCGCCAAGCUAAUUUAGCUAAAUGUUAUUUGUCAACCAUACAAUUCUUCUUGAGUUGUAGUUUUAGUUAGUCCAUGGUUUUGGCUUGUGUAGUCUAUGCAAUGCAUUAUUAACUGUGAUGAAAGGCUCAGUGUAUAGCUACCUAGCUGUGGUUGGAUUCUUAAAGACCUAACUAAUCAAACUGAGGUAACUGGGGAGAAAAUACAGACACCUGAAAAGUUAUCAGCUAAUUAUGAUUUUGAUAAUGGUCCAAUAACAGAGCUCCAUUUGUAGCUGUAGUUUUUGUAAAGGUGAGAAUUAUCGGGGGCGCUGUGACAUCAUCACUAACAAAACUCCCUGUAGACGUUUCUUGUGUAAUCCUGAUGAUUGACAGGAGUAUUACUCCGUCCUCAGAGACAGGCUGGUGUCAGGACCAGCUUCACGUGUUCAGCAGAGCCGCCGUCUCAAUGCACUUUAAUGGUCCUUUUCCUGACCUUCAAAUGGACUCUGACAGAAUUCUGUAUGAUUCUGGAAUGGGAAGAAGUGAAAUAUUGCUUCAAAAGAAGCGUUUUAUAUAUUCAGCAUAAGUUGGAUACUGUUGCCAGGUUUCACUCUUCCACUCUGUUUAGCAGGGUGUUGGUAUUUAUGUGUCUGUUGGAAUAAAGCAACAAAAGAUAAGUUUUAAAA